AGCUGCUGGAUGUGGAGGCCAAUGAAGAGUUAAACACCACAGUAAACAACACACAGAUGCCCAAAGUAGAGUACAAGAAGUUCAAUGUAGACGAUUACUGCUUGAACUUCCAGAUUCUGAAACCAGCUGGAUUUGUAGAAACAGCCCAUUACCCAUUACUGCUGCUUGUGGAUGGCACCCCUGGUGGGCAGGUGGUGACGGAGCAGUUUGAGGUGGACUGGACAACUGUACUUGUCAGCUCCUUCAACACUGUAGUCAUGCGUCUUGAUGGCCGAGGCAGUGGAUUUCAGGGGACAAACCUUCUUCAUCGAGUUCAGAAGAAACUGGGAGAGUUUGAGGAGAGAGACCAACUAGAAGCUCUUAGAUUAAUAUCACAGCUGAAAUACAUUGACAUGUCAAGAAUUGGAGUUUAUGGAAAGGCGUAUGGAGGAUAUUUGGUCAGCCGACUCUUACGCUCAGAUGAAUCUCCAAACAUGUUUAAAUUCAAAAUCAAGUGUGGCACAGCCGUCUCGCCCAUUACAGAUUUCAGCUUGUAUGCUUCUGCAUUUUCAGAACGAUAUUUAGGAUCACCACAGUUCAAUAAGCGAGAAUACGAGAUGGCACGUUUGGCAGACCACAUAGAGCAAAUGAAGGACAAGAAACUCUUAAUAAUUCAUCCAACGGCUGAUGAGAAAGUCCAUUUUCAGCACACAGCAAAAUUUAUCACCCACAUGAUCAGUGAAAAGGCCAAUUAUACAUUACAGAUCUACCCAGAUGAAGGACACUUCAUUCAUUCGAAAGACUCACAGCAACAUCUGAGUCAGUCACUGGUCAACUUCUUUGUAGAAUGUUUCAGACCACCGGAGAUGCUAAGCGAGGACAAACUGGAGCAGGACAAUGAAGACGACGGUUAAAUGAAUAUUGAUACCCUUGAACAGACCAGCUUAUAGCCCAAUAUGCAAACUUUUCCCGCCAUUACAACCUCUCUCAUUUCCCCGUUAGUUUUGAUGGGUUCUCCUGAGCCUCUGCAUGGACCACGCCCCUCAACUCUGAUUGGCUCCAAGGAAGAGUGUAAAUGACCUAGUGGUAAAAGAACGCAUGGAGGUACAUGCUGAAGCGUGGCGUGUUUAUGAAUAAUGCACAAGCGGUGCGAGAAGACUGCUGUGAAUCGCCCGUUCAAACAUUGCUCAUGGAAAGCUUUAAGAGUUGAAUGCACAAUAUACAGAAGAGAAUGAAUCAAUGGCAGGAAAUGCUGCAAAUGACCCUUAUUUGUAUCCUUCUAAUGUUCAUUCUUAUUAUACAGGCCUUUAUUUGGAUAUAUCGAUGUCAGUUUGUUUCUGCCUUUAAUGUCAAACUUACUGGGCCUCAUUCGUUCUGAAUGGAUUUCUGUCUCAGUUGUUCCGUCUAGAACCAUUCUUACGUAUAUUGUUUUGUAUUUAAUGUGCCAAUAAAAAUGAGCAAAAUGAA